AUGAACAUCACUAGCCCAAUCAGCCCGCCUGAUGCAGGCACACAAGGGCCGAUUUUGAUGCAAGGCUUACGGCAGUAUCUCCUGCAAGGAGUGAUUCUAUCGCAGGGUGCGAAGUUCUGUUCGCGUUGUGCCAAUGAUUCUGCACGGUUGCGCUUGUAUGUCGCAAGUCUAGUGUUCUCUUCUGUUCUGCAGACGGUACUGGAGACGUACAAGGUCUGGAUGGAGGUCAUCGACCAUCUGCAUUGGUACAUCGUCCCGCUGUAUAGCACGGAGUUCCUGUUGAAUGGCCUGAUUUGCAUCAUGUGCGAAGGGUUCCUCAUAAGAAGGUGCUGGAAGUCCACACAGCGGAGCUAUCUCGUACUCGCUGGGCUCAGAUCACUGGCCCUAGCGACUUUCACGGCAAACAUCUAUCUGGCUGUGCGAAUAGCAACGACUAUCAGUAUCGCUAGUGGCUAUGCGGACCCUUUGAAAGUUUGUCACUGGGCUUUCCCGCUAUGGGUCUUCGGCUCGCUGACUCUCUCAAUCUCCUUCACAUGCAUUCUGUCGAUGUACCUAUGGAAGAUCCAAACGGGCCUCACCUACCUCGACAAGAUGCUCAGGAACAUCAUCGUGCUCACCUGGGAGACGGCCGCCCUGCCCAGCACGUGCACGAUCAUCGCAGCGGUCUUCUAUUGCAGCAGAGAGGUAAUGGAAUUUAGAUGUGUGUCGUUCACGGCCAGAAGCGGAAUAACCGAUCCCAGACACCUUGACCUCCUCUUCAUCCUCCUCACUGCCAAGCGGUACACGCUCGGCAUCCUGCGCACUCUUAACGCUCGGGUUCACAUCCGUGAAUGUCUGGCAUCUAAAGACCUCGGCCGUGUAACACUGAGCGACUACAACUGGAACGACGCGUCAGCGCCGUCCUCCUCGAGCACCCGCAAGGUUUGUAUCAGCUUGUGCACUGAUAACCACACGCUAAAGAUUGCUGCAGCCAACAGCCCCGGAUGA